AUGAAGGUAACUGUGGAUCCAUCGAUCGGAAGACCUAAAAGUAGAGACGAGUCUUCAAAGUUUUCUAGUCAGAUUGGUGUAGUCACCAGAGAUGUACUUCUGGUGCCAGUAAGGUGGAAAGAUGUUGAUGAAGAAAAAGAUCUUCAACCUGGUAUUGAUCAUAUAAAGAUCCACAUAGAUAUUAAUUUGGAUGAUCCGGGUGUAAAACGUUGCGUGAUUGAUCGAGUCCAAGCUAGUUCACGCCAAAAACGUUACAGACUGCAUAAACAUUACAAGAAAUAUUUGUCCCAUGAAGAUGCUAAGAAUAACAAGCCCUCUUUUUGUGCUAGCCAAGAAAACUGGGAAGAAAUGUGUGAGCUUUUUGCCUCGCCUAAAUUCAAGGCCGAGCACCUUUUAGUGUUCUUCGACAUGAAAUAG